GUCCUUGCACGCUCGCACGCACCCAACACCAGCUUCUACGUUCUAACCGAAACCCAGUUUGUAUGAGGACUGCAUUAGCAUUCGUCACCAUGGUCAAGUCAGAGGAAGCCUUCCUUUUAGCUCUCCUGUUCAGCCUCUCCUUGUUGUUUACGGAAGGAGCGAGUGACACAUGCGGUGGCUUUGUUUCCUCGCACAUGACGGCUGAGUGUAGCGCGCCGUUCUCGAGCGUAGCGGGGCGGUGCGUGCUGCCCGUGACGGCCGUGGCGGGAUCGUGGGUGCAGAUGAGACGCCUUUGCCGUGAGAUCUCCGGCGACAUGGUGCGGCUGAGAGACGACAACUUCGUGAAGGAGCUCUUCAUCUUCCUCCGAGACGCAGAACUCGAGGUGAACCGCUUUUGGGUGCAGAACUCCCCCUUCCACGGCGAGUACUUCCUCCGCGACGGCGCCCUAGCCAGGAUGACCUUCCCCGGCGAGGAUCCUGCAGAAGUCCUGGCCGAAGGCACUAAGGGCGAGGGAUGCCUGCUGAUGCACAUCGUCUACCAUAUAUUCUUCAGGAGAGAACCCUGCGAACAAGCCAUGCACGUCAUAUGCGAGAAAGAAGGACACGCCGUCGAAUAAUCCUCCCCGUCAAGUUGCAGGAACCAUUAUGAGAGAUUCCUCAUUUACUUCUUACAUUUUCCAUCUCUCUGUCUCUCCCUCUCCUUAUAUUGCUCUGUUUCUACGUAUCUGUCUGCCAUUGUAUACUCUCGCGCUGCAAUCUACAAUCUUCUGGCCUCUCUAUUCCUUUCUAUUUUGCUUUCCUUUAUUUUACUGAGCAAUAAUAAUGCACCAGCCUUCUCAAAAUGGAAAUAUCACACUACACGUCUAUUUGUAUAAGCAGACUGGUGACACUAUGUGAAUGAAUAUUUAAUCAAAUAAAUUGUUCAAAAACGUUC